AUGGGAUCCGUCGCCCUUAAUCGAUCGGAUCAUCUUGAUAGUUCCUACACCAUGUUGGGAGGCGCCAUCACUCCCUCGGAAUCAGGCUAUCGACCUUCUUCUCGCCACGCUCCUCGUCCAUCGUCGAACCUGGAAGCCGGCAGCUCAAGGUCCGCCUCGUCCACUACCACCCCCACUUCGUCUACAGCCCCGCCGUCAACGUCCGCUCGCCUCCCCUCCCACCUGCCGCAGGAUGUGCCAUCCUACGUAAGUCGACCUUCUUAUCUCAGCUCUCAGUCUUCCACUCGGGCCUCUUCUGCCACUCCGGGCUCGACAUCGGCUCAGCCCCCCUCAAUGAGAUCGUCCGCCUCCAAUGCGUCGCAGCUUGUCGGAAACACCAGCCAAACGGCUCCCUUGCCCAUCUCCGGUUCGCAUCCAGAGUCUCACUCAUCCCCCGCCUCUCCCCGGUUGAGGCCGACCUUCCAGUCACUGCGCUCUUUGGGCGGGUCGGAGGCGAACUCUCCGAGUCGUAUCAAAGUCCGUGAUCUGUCCCAUAUCCAGAGCUUCGCCAGCGAAGAAUUCUUAGCCCAGUCGCAGGGGGGUCGGGUGCCGGGACAAUGGGUUCAGGAGCGCCAGUACGAGAUUAGUUCCAUGCCGGUCACGGAUAUCAUCGAAAUGGUUGCUGGGCUUCUUACCAAGAUCACCACCACAAAUGAUAUGCAUCACGAACAGGUUCAUCGCCAUAUCCCUCCGCCCGAUGGUACCGCCAGUCUGAGCCCGCAGGCCACAAGCGUGCUCGCAUUCCAUGGCAAAAACGUUCCCAGUAUCAGCAUCCUUAGCUAUUUAACUCGAAUCCACAAGUAUUGUCCUACGACCUAUGAAGUGUUUCUCAGUCUAUUAGUAUACUUCGACCGCAUGACCGAAAUUGUCAACCAGGGUCAGCUGGAGAGCCUCGAACGUGGCUGGGACCCGGCGGCUUCGGUGCGAUCCGAUCCAACCGCCAGGCCAACAUCGUCUGAGGGCGCGGCGACACAAGCUCCGCACGCUUCACCUAUAGUGACGCCUCCAUCGUCUACUGGCAUGCGAGCGCAGGAUCCCACAUCUCCGUCGUCUAUAUCGCCGUCCUUGCGUCCCCAGGAAGAAUAUGAUCACCUCUCCCAUUUUUUCGUUGUUGAUAGUUUUAACAUUCAUAGGCUAGUCAUCGCAGGCGUGACUUGUGCCAGUAAAUUUUUCUCUGACGUUUUUUACACCAAUUCUCGAUAUGCAAAGGUUGGAGGGCUUCCAUUGGUUGAACUCAACCAUCUUGAACUCCAAUUUCUGUUGUUGAACGAUUUCCGCUUAUCCAUUCCUGUUGAGGAACUGGAGGCGUAUGGAACAAUGCUGGUGGAAUUCUACGCUCGAGAGAUCGUUGCACAGCAACAGCAGCAAGCGCCCCGGACUGCGGCUAAUCGCCCGAUCGACCUCUCGCCUCAUACUCAGUCAGACGGAAUGUAUAUGCGCACGCAUGAGAAACGCCGUCCCGAGCAACCGGAAGUUCAGCAAACGCCAACACCGCCGUAG